AUGAGCUCUUUUCGCUCGUAUGUAUGGGAUCCGUCGUUGCUAUUCAGCCAGAUGAUCGCCCUUCAAUCCGUCUUCUAUUCGGCACAUUCAAUAUUCAUGAUGGCGUACUCGUUCACCGGUUAUCAACCAUCCGUCUCACAUAUUUUUACGAUACAGCCUCUACGAUUCAUGUCAUUCAUCCAACUCAUGGCCUCCACUUCUGUAGCUGUUGCGAUAUCAUUUUUGGUACAAAGAACGAGACAAUGUUUGGAUUUUGCGUGCACCGUUCAUUUAUUUCAUCUGAUUCUUGUGUGUAUCGUCAAUGCAUCGUUUCCGACGUCACUUCUUUGGUGGCUACUUCAGAUAAUUAGCGUGACCAUUUGCACUGUUUUGGGAGAAUACCUCUGCACAAGAAUAGAAUCACGAGAAAUCAAGUUGUCCAACAGUCCGUCGAAAUACGAUUUA